GCAGGAGGAGGGUACUGACUCUUCUUCUCCUGCUUGAAAGGCUCCAGAGGGCGGGUAGGAGGAGAAGGAGCCGAUAUUGGGUGCAUCCCUUCAACCAGCGAAGGAGACAACAGGGGGAGUUUUAUCACCUUGUGGCCGAGCUGAGGCUGGACAGCCAACGCCAUUAUCAGUAUUUUAGGAUGAGAGCGGAGCAGAUGGAUGAACUUCUGUCCCUCAUUGGCCCCGAACUGACCAGACAAUCGACAAACUACCGAGCCGCCAUAGAGCCCAAGCAGAGACUGGCUGUUGGACUUAGAUACUUGGCUUCUGGGGACUCACUGGUCAGCCUAGCGUUCAGCUAUCGCCUAGGGCGGUCAACUGUAAACAACUCUGUACAUAUGGUGUGUGCAGCCAUUGAAAAAGGGAUGAUGGAGCGGUUCUUACCCAGGCCAACACAAGACACUUGGAAGGAGGUUGCACAAGGCUUCUGGGAAAAAUGGAAUUUCCCAAAUUGCCUGGGGGCAAUAGACGGAAAACACGUAACCAUACAAGCACCACCACCGACCGGAAGUCAUUACUUCAACUACAAGAAGACAUUUUCCAUAGUGCUUUUGGCGCUUGUGGAUGCUGACUACAGGUUCCGGGUAAUUGAAGUGGGGGAUUUGGGAAGAAUCAGCGAUGGUGGGGUGUAUGCCGGAUCGGAUUUGGGGAGAGGAAUGGAGACCAGAACACUUCAUGUGCCACCCAGUACCUCUCUGCCUGGUGCUGCUCACCUGGAUGAUUUGCCAUUUGUCAUGGUGGGUGACGCAGCUUUCCCACUGAAGCCAUACUUGAUGAGACCAUACCCCGGACAGAACCUCACUCAUCAAAAGAGGAUUUUCAACUACAGACUUUCAAGAGCAAGGAUGGCGGUGGAAAAUGCCUUUGGCAUUCUGGCCUCCAGGUGGAAAAUAUUUCAUCGCAAAAUCAACCUUCACCCUCAAAAUGUGGACACACUUGUGGUGGCUGCAUGUAUCCUUCACAACUUCUUGCUUGCCCCUAGCGAAAACCAGAGGUUGCUGGAUGAGGAAGAGCAGCUAGGGAGACACAUGGCACCAGUAAGAAACAUGGGAGGGAACAGGGCAUCAAGAGAGGCCUGUAAUGUGAGGGAGGUCUUCUGCACCUUCUUCAACUCCCCUGAAGGCAGUGUGUCUUGGCAGGACAGAAUGGUGUGAUAGCAUGACCAAAAAGGUUACUGCUGACCCAAAGAAAUUGCACAUAUAAAUUUGUAAAUACCUCUUUUUGUUUUUCAGAUGAGUUAUUUUUUUUAAUCACGCUAGGAAAGGAUUGUAAAAAGCUGAUAAAUUAUUAUGCUCCCAAAGACACUAAUUGUUGUAAUUGUGAAAGUCUCUUUCACAAUGUCUUCUUUUUGAAAAUAAAAUUUAAGAAAAAACCUUU